ACAAGAAGCACAGAAAAUGACUCAAAGCUUCCAACUGGACCAAUCAGAGGCUUCGAUUUAUUCAAGAUGUAUCAGAGGCCAUUGACAAGGGAGAUUCCCAGAAUGGGUUCUAGCUGGGUUUCCUGGGUGGUGGCUUUGUUAGUGACGGUAAUCAGGCUGGACUCCUCCAUGACUCAAGGCAGAGAUUCUCCAGAAGAUUUUGUGAUUCAGGCAAAGGCUGACUGUUACUUCACCAAUGGGACAGAAAAGGUGCAGUUUGUGGUCAGAUUCAUCUUUAACCUGGAGGAGUAUGCGCGUUUUGACAGCAACUUGGGGAUGUUUGUGGCCUUGACGGAGCUGGGCCAGCCUGACGCUGAGCUGUGGAACAAUCGGCCCGAUAUACUGGCAAGGAGUAGAGCCUCUGUGGAUGCGCUCUGCAGACACAACUACAAGCUGGGUGCACCCUUCACUGUGGGGAGAAAAGUGCAACCAGAGGUGACAGUGUAUCCAGAGAGGAUCCCAGCCUUGCAGCAACACAAUCUGCUGCUUUGCUCUGUGACAGGUUUCUAUCCAGGGGACAUCAAGAUCACGUGGUUCCGGAAUGGUCAGGAACAGAGAGAGGGGGUCAUGUCCACUGGCCUCAUUAGGAAUGGAGACUGGACCUUUCAGACAAUGGUGAUGCUGGCAAUGAUGCCUGAACUUGGAGAGGUCUACACCUGCCUUGUUGAUCAUCCCAGCCUGCUGAGUCCUGUUUCUGUGGAGUGGAGAGCUCAGUCUGAAUAUUCUUGGAGAAAGAUGCUGAGUGGAAUUGCAGCCUUCCUGGUUGGGCUAGUCUUCCUUCUGGUGGGGAUCGUCAUCCACACCAGGGCUCGGAAAGGACGUGUGGAGACUCCGUUGUCUGGUGCUGAGGUCCCAAGAGCAGUUCUUCAUCCACAGCCACAUUAA